CACCAGUGCUGAGUGCGAUCACACUCGCACAUUCCUCUUAAAACCUUCUUCUGUUUUUGAUAGAUGCUCGGGGAAAGAAAAGCGCCCUGGAUGUGGCUUACAGCAGCAGUUCUGAGCUCCUGUGAGAUCAGCAGAUAUCUGGAACACAUCUCUGUUUACAGGACAUAAGAAAGAUGUUUGCAUGCAUCGCUUGGCUUUCUUUAUAGCUGCGCACCUUGGCGAACAUCCGAUGGGGCGCUUUUGCGCAAAUCUCUCCAAACUUUCCAACCUAGCGGAGGAUAUUUUGAUGAGAAGGAUAUAGCUGAUACGCACACGUACAUUCUGGAAAUGUUCUUUUAUUGACAUUCUCGCUAACUAUACCCUUAAUGUUUGUCUUUUACCCUGGAAAGAGCUCUUAGGAUUUCUCCGUUGUUCACUUGGACAUGUUGCGCAGCGGCGCAACUGCGGGAUUGAAAUAACGCUGCUGUUGCCGGAGUUUUCCGAACCUCGCCAACAUCUCGGGCACCGCAGCUUUGGGCAGGUGCUCCUUUCUGAGUGUGUUUGAAGACGGUGCCAUGCGGAAACUGGAAUCACACAUCGAAAGGCUGUAAAAACCUCCUGGAAACGCGGCAUUUAUGCAGAGAUGGGAUCCCUGGUGAGAUCCCGUUGGCUGAUGAUCCCCCUGCUCGUGCAGGCCUGGCUCUUGGCUUCCCAAGGCAGAGUCCGAGAGAAACCAUGUCCCCGAAGCUGCCGCUGCGAUGGCAAAAUAGUGUAUUGUGAGUCAAAUGCCUUCCGUGAUGUGCCAAAGAAUGUGUCCGUGGGAUGCCAGGGCCUCUCUCUGCGUUACAACAGCUUGGUGAACCUCAGGGCUGGUCAGUUUGCCGGCCUCAGUCAGUUGGUCUGGCUGUACCUAGACCACAAUUACAUCAAUGCAGUGGACAAACAAGCCUUUCAGGGUGUUCGAAGACUAAAGGAGUUGAUCCUCAGCUCCAACAAGAUCACACAUUUGGAAAACAGCACAUUCCAUUCAAUCCCCAACCUACGCAAUCUGGACCUUUCCUACAACAAACUUCAAGUCCUGCAGCUUAAUCAGUUCCAAGGCUUGCGCAAACUGUUGAGUCUCCACAUCAGAUCAAAUUCCCUCAAGACGGUUCCCAUGCGAGUCUUUCAGGAUUGCCGAAACCUUGAGUUCCUUGAUUUGGGCUACAAUCGACUGCGAAGUCUUACCCGUAACGCAUUUGCGGGACUUCUCAAACUGACUGAGUUACACUUGGAGCACAACCAAUUCUCAAAGAUCAAUUUUUCUCAUUUCCCAAGGCUGAACAACCUUCGCGCUUUGUAUCUGCAGUGGAAUCGGAUAAAGUCAAUAACCCAGGGAAUUACAUGGACCUGGACCUCUUUGCAAAAACUGGAUCUUUCUGGAAAUGACCUGCAGGUGUUGGAUUCAAGCAUCUUCCAGUGUCUCCCUAACUUGCAGACUCUUAAUCUGGACUCCAAUAAGCUAAGCAACGUGUCUCAAGAUGCCAUAUCAGCUUGGAUCUCUCUUACUACCAUCAGUCUUGCAGGUAAUAUUUGGGAAUGUAGCCCCAGCUUAUGUCCCCUUGUAGCUUGGCUGAGAAACUUCAAGGGGAACAAGGAGACCACCAUGAUUUGUGCUGCACCAAAGGAGGUUCAGGGUGAAAAAGUAAUUGAAGCUGUUGACACACAUGGAAUCUGCAAGAUGACCCCCACCCCUUACCAGCCACUCUCCUCAACUGUAAGCUCCCCAUCCAAACCUGGACAUUUCCCCCACCCUACCAUGUUCAGGGUGAAUGAGAAAAUAGCACGCAACAACCCUGUUGCGCCUUCCCUGACGGCUGCAUCCCCAUCUGUCCCUGAGCAGGAUUUUGAGCAUGUUUCAUUCCACAAGAUAAUUGCUGGCAGCGUUGCCCUCUUCCUGUCUGUGGCCAUGAUCUUGCUAGUGAUCUAUGUCUCUUGGAAGCGUUAUCCCAGCAGCAUGAAGCAACUGCAGCAGCAUUCUAUGGUGAGAAAACGCCGGAAAAAGGCACGGGAGACAGAGCGCACCCUCAGCUCUCCGCUCCAGGAAUAUUAUGUGGACUACAAACCCACAAACUCUGAGACCAUGGACGUACUGGUCAAUGGGACAGGACCCUGUACCUACACCAUUUCCGGCUCCCGAGAAUGUGAGGCCCCUCAACAGAUGGGCACAUUGGCAUUCUACAGGUACGAGCAGCCCAUCGUGGACUACUGCCAGGCUCACCAGCCUAUGCACAUGAACAGGGGCUUUGAGCCCCCAUCCCAAGCCCUGGAGGGGCUGGGGGCACGAGAACGCUGUGUCGUCCCAUCCGCUGGCCUCCUUCCUUCCGUGCCUGCAGCCCCUCUGUCAGACAUCCGCACCCUACCGCAGUGAGCCGGAGAUGGACUGCUUUCCUCAGCAAACGUUCCCGGGGGGCGUACGCUCUACCCCCAACAUGAACUCAUGGCCAGACCGAAUCACAGAUAUAUGGGAGCGUGAUGGACUACAGACUCUCAGGAGAGGACUCUGUCUUCGUCAUGAACUGGGUUAAAAGACUCUUGGGUUUGUCAUUUUCAAGAAUCAUCAUUGUAGUGUACGGUCAAUGUAUUUGGAAUAAUCAAACAUGAUGUUAUUGUGAGGCAAAAAAAAGAAAAAUCUGAUAUUUCAGGCUUUUUGUGAUCUCAACCCUUUAAAUUCUAACGUCUCAAAUGAGAAAGAAACAUCAAGUUUUAGUGACUCAACAGCACGCAUGCUCAUAAGGAUCGGUGUUGUCCCAUAACCAGAAGUAAUUAAACGAAAAACAGCAUCCCUUAAAUGGAUUCGAGAAACCAUCGGAAUUUCUGAGCAUUAAAAUCUCUUUCUAAUAAGGCAUUUCUGAAGGACUCCAGCCCCGUGAAGUCAGCGAUAAUUGCUUUAUAUAAAAUUGCCAAAAUUUAAUUCCUCAAGGUGAGCUGGCGCAUUUGAAUUGUAAAUGAUAAUAUGACCCUCACUUGACAGCUUCUCUAUUGUGAAUCUUUAAAGCGGUUCUUGAUCGUUCGGUGUUACGAUGAAAGAACCCAUCAUGCCAUGCCGGUUUUACUCUGAAAUUCACUGACCGCUGUGAGAUCAAUUAUCAGUGCUGUUUUACACAGACCAUGGUUUUCAUAUUGGGUUUCCUAUCAGGUUUCCGAUGUUAACACCGAGAUCAGAAAUUUACACUGAACAGUUUUUUGUGAUUCAGUCAAAGAGAAUGUUGUUUUCCCUCCAAAAUGAUGUCACUUCCUGGAGGAUGGUGUCAAGCAUUUUACAAAUAACUAACAGAACAGAAAGCGAAGAUGCAAUUACAAUUUUUAGAGGACAUGAAAAUGUCCAGCAUAGCAGGAAUGACCCACAUUUGUUCUUGAAGCCUAUUGGCUGUAUCCUAUAUUAGGGUCACUAUACUUCCUCUUUUUCAUUUCUAAGUUGCCUAAAAUGGUUUUGUUUUGCUUUUGUUUUCAUGCUUGCUGAAUGUAUAGAUGGAAAAGUAGUUUGACCAAUAGUGUGCAGGCAUUGUACGUCAUCGACCAAUCGUGGCUCCCGAGAGGCGGGAUCUACAGGUAACAGUCAAAGCAAUGCAAAUACGCGUCCAUAUAGCAUAUGAAGACUGUAAAGAGCACGUCAAUUGGUAAACAAAGCCAAAACCUGCAUAUUUUAGGCAAUUUAAAAAUCCCAUCCAGGAAAAAGAGGACAUAUGGUCACCCGAAGUGGACGUAUGUUGUGGUGUACUACGUUAGUACCAUAAACUCUACCAUUAUCAUCUUGCACCUCUGUUCUGGUAACAUCAUCUGUUGGGCAUCGUGCCGUAUUUCAGGGGUUCCCGGUUGCUCCAUUAAAUGACAUGGAAAUGGAUUACUUUUCUGUUUUGCCACAACUCACAUUCCAGCUGGAACUGUACAAAUAAAGACAGUGGGAGUGACUUAGAGAUACUGUAAAGUGAAGGAAACACUUCCCAGACUGGACUACCUGUCUUGUACAUAUUAUGUAAAUUAAAACAAGGAUGUCUUUGCUUCUACAGAAACACAAUCUUGUUACUUAGAAGAGGAGCCUUAUCUUUAAUCCAGGAGGAAGCGUACAUGCAUUGGGUGUGAGUGUGUUAGUGUGGAUGCAUGAAAGUGUGAAUGGAAAAAGAAAGAGAAGACGGCUGUGUUAGAAUAUUAGCCUGCUAUUUGAAAAGAACUCUGGUUUUAAAAAACAAAAAUGUAUUUCCUUUGUGAUUUUUCAUGAUUGCAACAUAUGUUUGAUGCAUCUGUCAGGUGGGACGGUGCGUCAAACACCUGUCGUCCAAUAAUGAUUACAGUGAUUUUCCAACCAAAUGUUUUUAUACCAGUAUUUAUUUGGGAGGAAAAAAGAUGAUAAGCAGUAUAUACUUUUUAUGUUUUAUGUUCUCCCAGCCCCUUCAAUGCAAUACUUGCCUCUGUGGAGCAGAAUGAUCUGUUUCUGUUCUGAUGCCAAGAUUGUGAUGAUUAUUUUAAGCAUUUGACUGUGUUUCCCUGUAUCUUAGCAAUGAGGUCAAAACAUUUCAUUUUGUCUAUUGAACAGUUAUA